AUGGAGCGGGUCGGCACCCUCUCGGUGGUAGCAUUCAAUCUCCGGACGGAGGCAUCGCGGCGCAAGGCGUCGUCGGCCUCGUCGCACACCUCGAGGUCUGAUCGGGCUAGCAUCGGGCCGAAUGCCACCUUUGGUGUGGUGGAGAACCCGGCCAAGAUCGGCUGGCGUAAGUACGUCUCCAAGAGAGGCCUGCUGCUGGUCUUCUGGGCAACGCUGGCCAUUGUCUCUGGCGUGGGCCAGACCUUGUAUCUGGCCCUCUCGCUCGGAGUGGCCAUGCCGCAGUAUCCGUUCUGGGUCUUCUGGACCACGGCCAUCAUCUUUCUGGCAGUCUUUGCGGUUGUUCUCGCCGGCUUCCAGCUCUUCACCACCCAGAUCACGCGGUCGAUGCGGUCGGUCUCGCACAUGAAGUGGGCGACUAUCGGGUUUCUCACCGCUAUCAACGGGGCGUGCCUGCUCUUUGCCGGCCCGCACAUUCCCGGCCAGGAGCAGGCGCUUCUCGGCCCGACGGUGGUCAUUGUGCCGAUGUGCAUGAUUGCGUCGUACCUGUACCUUGGGCAGCGAUACUCAUACGGGCAGAUGUUCGGCGUUUUCGUCAUUCUCGCUGGCAUCGUGGUAGCGCUCCUGCCCAAGCUGACCGGCAAGGGCCAGUCGAGCUCGGGGCCUAAGGGAUCGAUCUGGUGGGACCUUUUGUGGACGCUCGGCUCGUCGCCAUCGGCAUUUAUGGCGGUAUAUGAGGAGAAGGCUUUUGCCGAGCAGCCGAUCCACAUGGCGCACCUCAUGGCGUGGUCGACGCUCUAUCAGCUCAUCACCAUCUUUGUUGUGGGCGCGCCGCUGUCGAUCAUCCCGGGCUUUGGCAACUCUGCGCCGCGCGACUUUUGGUCACACCAGUCGGACGCAUUCCUUUGCUUUGCCACCGGCAAGAACCCGAGCUCGUGCCCCGAAUGCGACUGCUCGCUCGCCGUCUCGUUUGUCAUGCUCUUUACCCUCAACUAUAUCCUGACCAACUACGCACAGCUCGGUGUCGUCAAGUACGGCAACGCCACGUUUUCGUUUAUUGUGGCCACCGUUGUCACCCCGCUUUCGUUCUUCGCCUUUUCCUCGCCUUUUCUUACCGGCGGCAACACCGAGGAGCUGCACUCGCUGGCCAUCGUCGCCCUCGUUGUCCUUGUUGUCGGCGUCGUCAUCUACCGCUACUUUGACGUCCAGGCCAUUGACGAGCACUCACCGACCGCCGCCAUCGAGUCUCUUCCAGGCGGCUUCUCCAGUCUCAACUUUGACUCGCCCGAGGCUUCGGUCACCGUCCUCACUCACUCACUCUCGGCCUACGGCUUUGCACCGUUCCGUGCUACCAAGCGCUCGCUCGCCGCGCACCACGCGAAGACCUUCUCCGGCGGCUACGAGCCGCUCAUCCAGAAGGACCUCGGCUUCCUCGGUCCGGCCACCCUUGCCGACUCGACCUCGUUCUUUACCAGCUAA